AUGACGCUUGAGAUCUCACCGCCGGACGGCUUCGUGUGGGGAGUGAACCUCGACGAGGGCUCACCACCGCCGCCGUCGCCGCCACCGUCCGCGGCGCUGCUGUUCGACUGCGACGGCGUCCUCGUCGAGACCGAGGAGCUGCACCGCGUCGCAUACAACAUGGCCUUUGAGGAGUUUGGCCUGCAGAUCGCCGGCGCGCCUGUGGUCUGGUCCAAAGAGUACUACAGCUUCCUCGCCAACACGGUGGGCGGCGGCAAGCCCAAGAUGCGAUACCACUUCACCGGCCUCGGUGCGCCGGAGGGCGCGAGGACGCACCAGGACACGGCCAAGGUGUGGCCGGCUCCGACGGCGCGAGGCGGCGCCGUGCCUGCGGACGAGGCCGCCGGAAUGGCGCUCGUCGAUGAGCUGCAAGACUUCAAGACGGAGUGCUACAAGCAGCUGGUGACAAAGGCCGGCCCGCGGCCCGGCGUGCUCGCGCUGAUGGACAGCGCGAUCGCCGCGCCAGGCAUUGCCGUCGGCAUCUGCUCUGCCUCCACUCGCGGCGGCUUCGAGAAGGUUGUGGAUGCGGUGGUCGGCCAGGAGCGGCUCGCCAGGCUGGACGUGGUCAUCGCCGGCGACGACGUCAGCCGCAAGAAGCCGCACCCGGAGAUCUACAACGUGGCCGCCCAACGGCUCGGCCUCUCCAGCGCCGAUUGCGUCGUUGUUGAGGACUCGAUCGUUGGCCUCCGCGCCGCCAAGGCCGCCAACAUGCGUUGCGUCAUCACCUACACGCCGGAGACGCAGGCCGAGGACUUUUACGCUGAGGGCGCCGACGCGAAGCUACUCGACUUUAGCAGCGGCGUCGAGGUGGGCGCGCUCUUCUCACCGGAGGGCGCAGUGCUCCCCGAGCUGCUCCCUGGCGUGCGCGACCCGAGGCCAUAAUGUGUAGCCAUCUGCGACUCCCCUUUCUCUUAUCUCUAUUUCAAUACACGUCGAACACGUACUGUGACGACGGAGUCA